AGUAACUUUCAUAAACCUUAUUAACAUUAUUGUCCUGUUUGUUAUUAGCUAUGAUUAAACAUAUUUAAGAUUGUUCGAUGGUUGAUGAAAACUAAUAGACUUAUUAUUCUGAAAAUUAUGUUGCAAUGACGCAUUUUGGGAUGUAUGUGGUUUAUAGAUCGUAAAAAUUUUACGAUCGUGCGUUCUAUUACAUACUUACAAUGGAUAAACAUCAAUUAUUUAGUAUCUAUUGUCGAUCGUUGAAUAAAUUCAUCGGAUGUACUAGUCGACUUCUAUGAAGGAGAAUGAUUAAGGUGACCAUUAAGAAACUAAAGGAAACAUUAGCGCAGCAUACGUCAUACCUUUGACGUCAGAAAAACUCCCCAUAGUAGCUUUUCACUUAAUAGCACAAUUAGAAGUACUUCAUUCAUUGUCGUGAAUCGUCGUGUUCAUUGCAGUGUACUGCAGAGAAUUAUAUGUGAACCAACUUGUUACUUAUCUGAACAACCAUGGUUGUAAAGUGUUUUGAAACUUUUCGUGCCAUCGAUUUUUGGAACAGAAGAAAUCAGCUAAACUUCCCUGGAAUUGUUCGUUUGGAGCACCAUCAAGUUAUUUUGAAGCUCUUUAACGGUACCUGUGAAAAUUACGAAAAACCAGAAAACCUGAGAAAAAAUCGUUACAACAUUCCAUGCUGGGAUCACAACCGGGUAAUUUUGAAAUCUGGCGGUGGAAGUGCAUCGGAUUAUAUCCACGCAAAUUACGUUGAUGGAUUUGAAGAUAAUAAAAAAUUCAUCUGCACUCAAGGACCAAUGGAGGAAACUUGCAACGAUUUUUGGAAGGCAGUUUGGCAGAAUAAUUGUUAUAUUAUAGUGAUGUUAACUCCCACAAAAGGAACGAAUAGAGAGGAACUCUGCUAUCAGUAUUGGAGCCUCAAUAAAGAUUCGAAAACUACGACUGAAGAUUUUGUGAUUGAAACUGUGAACACAAGUGUGCAGCCAACUUAUACUUUGACAACAUUACGUAUUACAGACAAAACCUCAAACGACUUACGAAAAAUUAGUCAUUACCAGUAUACCGAAUGGCCAGUUGAUGAAACCCCGACAAAUCAUGUGGAUUUUAUCAAAUUUAUCAAGAUUAUAAACACCAACAAGCAAAAAAGCGCCUCGAAUAAUCAACAGCAGCUGUUAAGCCCAAUUGUGGUACAUUGUAGUGACGGUGUAAAAAAGACAGGAAUUUUUUGUGCAGUGGAUAUUUCAUUAAAUCAAUUAGUGCGAAUGAAAACAGUGUCAUUGGCAAACACAGCGGAAAAAAUUCGACAGCAACGCCACUCAACCAUCUCAACGCCAGAUGAUUAUUUAUAUUACAACCAGGUAAUCAUGUUUUACUGCAUCUUUUAUAUAAAAUUUUAGUGACUGUCACAAUCAAGAACUGCAGUUAAACAAAGUAGACGUAUUUUCGGUUAGCAACCACUCGAUUCAGCAGUGUGAAACCCGCUAAUCCGCUGAGAGUUAGCCCACUCUAACAUCACGUGAAAAGCUUAAAUCCAUUAAAAUGAAAUUAGUCUAAUAGAAAUGCGCGUAACUAUGCAGGACUCACACCAUUUCUAAUAGCAUCGAAGAACAACGCUAAACAAAUGAUGACGGUUUUGUGAGAUAAUUAUGCUGUUUGUAAACCAACACAUUCAAGUAGAAAAGCUCCUAUUAAUUACUGGUUGUAACUUAUGACUGAACACCCUAAGCAUUGUUGUUCAUCUUUAGUAUUAUAUUAUGAUGUUUUGCUUAUGUAUGAAUGUAUCAAUUUAUUGUUUUACAGAACAAACUUAGUCAUAGCCAUAACCUUAUUUUUAGCUUUGCAAUACUAGAACACAUGUUUUGCGCGCAGUUGUGCCUGUAUCAAUGUUUAUAUACUGUUGUGUCAAUGGUGUAUAUUUUCUAUCCUGUAAUCAACAAAUCACGCUACUCAUAGUUUGGUUUACUCACAUGUUAUGUCUCUUGUUUGACAAGGAUAUGUAAUUAUUGUACUUUUAGAUUAAGUUACUAACUGGCCUAGAUUUUAAUAUUUUCAAUACACUCGAGAAAGUGAAUUUAUUCAAAAGGAAAGAAGUCCAUACGUUUUGAACUAUUAUGU